GUGACCGCAGCCCAUGUGACCCCUCCCUGCCAACAUGGCGUCCUCCUGCAGCCUGGAGUGGAGGACCCGGGCGGGGAGUCUGCGGCAGAGGCUGCAGGAGGGAGGACGAGACGGUGCACUUUUCUUGAAGGCUUCGGCUGCGGUGCAGAGACUGGAUGAGGCGUGCGCAGAGGAGGAGGCGCGGGGCGCGGACUGGGCCUCGUGUCUGGGACUUUACACUCAGGCGUUACUAGACAUCACCUUCUACGAAGAAACCCGUCUGGUGGAGGAAGAAUUCCCAGGAGACGACUCCCUGCAGAAAGUGAGAGAUCUGCUCCAAAUGUUGUCAGAACCCGAGAGGCUGGCCAGAGGAAACCACCAGCAGGAUUUAGCUCUUGAUGCAGAAGUUCAGGAAUGUCUGCACUGGAGACGAGGAGCCCUGCUGUACAUGUACUGCCAUACCGUGGGGGAGAGGGAGAGAUGGGCGCUGAGAGAUCCCGGCACCUUCCACCAGUGUCUUCAAGAUGGCGUCUGUUACCUGUUGAAAAUGCUCCAUACACGGAGUCCUGUCCAGCUGGAUGACAAGGUUUCGUAUCAGGACAUAACCACGGCCAGUCUGCUGGAGAAAGGGAUCUUCAGUGACAUCCACGUUCUGGCUCUGAUGUACUGCGGGGAGAUGUGUUACUGGGCGCAGAGAUACUGCAGGGACAUGGAGACGGCCUCGCACCAGACGUCGGAUCCAAAUCCAGGUCUUCACUUUAAAGACAUUGGGGAGAGGGUGCUGGACACGUACGUCGGUGUAUGUGAGGGGCCCCUGCAUGGACAAGGAUGGAGCACCGAUAAUGCCAAGAAGAUCCUACAGCAUCUCAAGGAAGACAAAGUCUCAUAAUGGGGGGGGUGCACAGAGGGUCCUGAAAUGAACCUGUAUGUAAAAUACAUUACUGUGUGUGAGUUGGGGACAUUGUAGACAGCCCUGAUGUAACAUAGGAGAGGUCUUCAUGCUGUGAUAGCGUCCUGCGGUAUCUGCAGCAGCCGCCAUGUUUGGAGUAAAACAUGAAAAACACUUCUGAGGUACCGGUUUCACCUCUCUGAGGCGCUAUAUACUCCCGUACAGCACGGGCACAGAAAGUGCUGUCCCAGGAUUUCAAUGUAUUGCCUAUCCACAGGACAGAGGUCUGGCUGUUGGGACCACCACCGGUCAAGAGAAUGAGUCCUGUGUCCGCCCUCUAUAAAUGGAGAAGGUCAAAUGUGUGCACUGCCGUUCCGUUCAUUCUCCAUGGGACUGGCAGAAAUUCCAGACCCUUGUGUUCAUCCAUCUUUGCCCGCCCGAUAUAGAAUAAAUGGCGCCGCAGCGCACACAUUUGACCUUCUCCAUUCAGACAGGACCCUCAUGCUCUUGAACAGUCAGACACCCACCCCUCCACAGAUCAUACACAUCUCCUAGCUUAUGGAUUGGGGUAAGUUCACAACGCCUAUAACCAGCACCGUACGUCAGGUCUUUAAAGAAUGGAGCCUACCCGAGCUGCUGGGUUUCUGCCGUUUUAAUUAGACAACAGGGACUAAUGUCUGUGAUUGGCGAUAAUGUAUAGCACAGACAUUUAUCCCCUGAGAUUCUGUGGUCAGUUGUGACCACCGCAGCUGAGAUGUCUUUCCCUCGGGAGCGCUGUGCUCCCAGGGCAAGAAUGGCUUCCCUGCUCUGAGAUCAGGGAAGCCGUUUGUUGGCAGUGGUGGCCUAGAGCCUGCUGGAGGCCGUCAUGCCUACCACAGGUAUACUCCUAUGGAGGCCUGCAGGGCACAGUGCUCCGUAGGAAUAUAUUGACUCUCCCCAUAGUCUGCAUGCAUAAAUACAUGUCGUUUAUGGAAGAAGAGAUCUAAUGACUGACUGCAUGUUAAUGUCCCCUAGAGGGACGUAAGAAAAAAAAAAAAAAACAUUAAAAGUGCCCCCUUUCCCCAUAUUAAAAAUGCUGAAAAAUUAUAAUUUGCACUGGCACAUCUCAAAACGUCCGUAUUACUACACCAUAAAUGUGUUUAUCCCAUACGGUAACAGAAAAAAAUAAAAAUUAUAAUCUCAA